AUGACGCCUACCACCACCAUGCGCUGCUGCUACCCCGACCUCGAAACCAUCGACUCCCUCGUCGCCCGCCUCUCCCCCAAGGAGCAAACCCUAGCCCUCAAGCGCCAGCGGUGUUGGCGCCGCGCCCUCCGCCUCUUCGGCGCCAUCAGGUCCCAGCCCGGCUACGCCCCCAACGCCAUCCACUACAACGUCGUGCUCCGCGCCCUCGGCCGCGCCCGCCGCUGGGACGAGCUCCGCCUCUGCUGGGCCGACAUGGCCCGCGACGCCGUCCUCCCCACCAACGCCACCUACUCCACCCUCCUCGACGCCUUCGGCAAGGCCGGCCUCGUAAAGGAGGCCCUUUUGUGGCUCCGCCACAUGCGCUCCCGGCGCGUCGUCCCCGACGAAGUCACCGCCGGCACCAUCCUCCGGAUCCUCAAGGAUUCGGGCCAAUUCGAUCAGGGGGAAAGGUUCUUUAAAGAUUGGUGUGGCGGGAAUUCUGAAUUCGAGUACCUUGAGCCAGAUUAUAGUGCUUUGGAUUUUGCCAAUCCCACGAGCUUCUUACUAGCCGAGCUCUUCAAGACCGGGGCGCGCGCCCCGGUAUCGAGGAUCGGGUCGGCUUCGGACGAGGGAAUUCCCCGGAAGCCGCGGCUCGCUGCUACUUACAAUAUCUUAAUUGAUCUGUAUGGGAAGGCAGGGAGGCUUAAGGACGCCUCGGAGGCGUUCGCUGAAAUGCUUAAGUUGGGUAUUGCUCCCGACACGAUCACCUUCAAUACCAUGAUGAACAUUUGCGGGUCGAAAGGGUGUUUGGCAGAAGCAGAGGCGCUGCUCGAGAAAAUGGCUGAGAGAAGGGUUUCCCCUGAUACGAAAACAUUCAACAUAUUCAUGACGAUGUACGCAGCAGUUGGAAAAUUUGAAGCCGUUUCGAAGUAUUACAGAAAAAUUAGGGAGUCCGGUUUGUGUCCCGAUGUAGUGAGCUAUCGAAUAAUGUUGCAAGCAUUGUGUGAGAGGAAUAUGGUUCAAGAAUUGCAGGACAUGCUUGAUGAAAUGAUUGAGCUGGGUGCUAGCGUUGACGAACAGUCCGUGCCGGUUGUUAUGAAGAUGUACAUCGACCUAGGGUUGCUCGACAAGGCGGAUAUCUUCUUUGAAAAGCACUGUAGUGGUGGAGGGAUUUCUUCCAAGAACUAUGCUGCUGUUAUAGAUGCUUAUGCCGAGAAGGGCUUGUGGGAGGAAGCUGCAAAUGUCUUCUAUCACAAAAGGGAGGCAGGGCGCAGGAAAGAUAUAGUUGAAUACAAUGUGAUGCUAAAAGCUUAUGGAAGAGCAAAGCAAUAUGAGAAAGCUCUUUCCUUGUUCGAGACUAUGAGGAGUUGUGGGCCUUGGCCCGACGAGUGCACAUAUAACUCGCUGAUUCAGAUGCUUUCAGUUGGUGAUUUCCCAGAGAGAGCGAGGGAGUUCUUGGAAAUAAUGAAGGGCGAAGGGUUCAAACCAAGGUGUGAGACCUUUUCUGCCCUAAUUGCAAGCUACUCUCGCAAAGGUUUGGUUUCGGAGGCUGUAGAUACCUUUGAAGAGAUGAAGACCCUAGGUGUUGAACCAAAUGAAAUUGUUUUUGGGUCGUUGGUAGAUAUCUUUGCAGAGAAUGGGAAGGUUGAGGAAGCGCUUAGAUACUAUAGCUUGAUGGAGAAAGCUGGGCUAGUUCCUAAUCAGAUUGUUAUCACUUCUUUGAUCAAGGCCUAUAGCAAAGUCAGCCGGUGGAAAGAAGCCCAGGAACUGUACUCAAGAAUGAAGGACAUGGAAGGCGGGCCCGAUGUCAUUGCCUCAAAUUGCAUGAUAAAUCUUUAUGCUAAUCUCGGGAUGAUCACUGAAGCUAAGCUGAUCCUCAAUGAUUUGAGGAGGAACUCCUUGGCGGAUGGUAUCUCCUAUUCUACUAUGAUCUAUCUUUACAAGAGUAUGGGCAUGCUUGACGAGGCAAUGGACGUUGCCGAGGAGUUCAAAAACUCGGGGCUAUUAAUCGAUUGUGCUUCGUACAACAACAUAAUGGCUUGUUAUGCAGCCAAUGGCAAGAUAAAUGCUUCUGCUGAAUUGCUAAAGCAGAUGAUGGCAUCCCAUAUACUACCUGAUGCCACUACAUUCAAGAUAAUAUUCACCUUACUAAGGAAAGGCGGUAUUCCGUCUGAAGCAGUAUCUCAACUCGAAGUAUCAUACAAGGAGGGAAGAGCUUAUGCAAAAUCGGCUAUAGUUUCUUCAUUGUUCUCUGUAGUAAAGAUGCAUGAGGAUGCAAUGGAAUCUUGUGAAGAGUUUCUAAGUGGCAAGUUUGCACUUGACUCCUCCGCUUAUAAUUCUGCCAUAAACGCUUAUGGAGCUUCAGGGGAGGUCGAGAAAGCAUUGAAUUUAUUCAUGAGAAUGCAAGAUGAGGGGCUUAAGCCGGACCUUGUUACUUAUAUUUAUUUGGCGGGCUGCUAUGGGAAGGCGGGAAUGGUUGAAGGUUUAAGAAGGGUUUAUGGCCUUUUGAAGUAUGGGGAGAUUGAACCCAACGAAUCUCUUUAUAAGGCACUUAUUGAUGCUUAUAGAGAUGCUGGGAAGAAUGAUCUCGCUGAAAUGGUUGAACAAGAAAUGAGAUUCAGUGCUAGUACUGAAGAGAUUGAUGACUCAGAAUCUGAAGGUUGCUGUUGAACAGUAGAGAAGCUUAGAAGGUUCCCAGAAAUUGGAGAGUCCGAUCAAGUUAAAAUUGAAUUUGGUACCUCAUGCUUUACAGCAAAAUGAAAUGAACUGCUUUUUUAAGGUCAGUCUUCUUCACUAUUUAUUUGGAAGUAUUUCUCUAUUGUGAUUAUUUUU